AUGUCGGGGCCACGGGCCUGUGAGAGGGGGCAGACAGACAGAAGACAUGAACACAUUCUUGUGGGCCCCUGUCCCCACUGCCUGGUUUAUCUUGCCAACUGCCUGGGGCUGCUGGGCAAGCCGCUCUACCUCUGGGCCUAUGCUGCCACGGCAGAACACAAGUUCUGGGUUGGCAUGAGGCUGGACACAGGGCCUCUGGGGCCUGGCCUCUCCUGGAAGGUGGCAGUGCCCUUGGAGGCCAGACACACACUCGAGCUAGUGCGCCAGGGCAAGAGCACCGCCUGGGUAGGCUCUCCUCGGGCCGGACUCUUCCCUUCUGCGCUUCCGGGGCCGGCAUCGCGCGAGGCCGCUACGUCCACCCCGCACACGCGGUCUGUGGCCCCUGAGGAGCUGCCGCCCCCGCCCCCGCCCCCACCCGGGCCCGCGGCCCGCUCCGCGCACGCGCUCGACUCCCGCCGCCCGGCUGGGGGUCGCGGCCCAGGUGCGCAGGGUCUCGGCAGAGGGACAGCAGGAGCCGACCGCCGCCCAGCGGCCCUCGCGGUCCGGUCGGUCCGCCAGCCACUCCCUGCCGCGGCCCGCCCGCCAGCCGGCCUGAUUCACGCGCCCGCCCCCGCCCCGCCCGCCGCCCCGCCGCCUGCCUGCCCGGGCAGCACCUGGAGGCGGGGCGCCCCACCCGCCGGCGCGCCCGCAUUCCUCCGCCCGCGCCCCCGAGCCCCGCGCCCCCGGAGCCCCCCACCCCCCGGAGCCCCGCGCCCCCGGAGACCCCCGUCCCCGAGCCCCGCGCCCCCGGAGCCCCCUCACCCCCCGGAGCUCCGCGCCCCCGGAGACCCCCGCCCCCGGAGCCCCCCACCCCCCGCCCGCGCCCCCCGGUCCCCCCGCGCCCCGCCCCCCGCCCCCCGAGACCCCAACCCGCGCCCGGGGACCGGGGAGGCCCGCGCUGUGACCCUGACCGCAGCGCCCCCGGAGACCACUGAGGCCCGACUUCAGGGCCUUGGAGCCCGCGGGCGCCCGUACUGCUAA